CGCUAUUGCAUUUCAUGGAAAGUUGUGGAAUUCGUUUUUAAAGCAUAAAAUUAGGUAAAUUCUGUAAAAUUGUACGAAAAACUAUGCAAAUAAAUUAGGAUUUAUUGUAAAUCUGAGAUAAAUAUUUGCAAGAAGUGCAUCGUAAUCAAUUUGUAUUAAAAUUAGACUUAUUAUAAUGCGGUGUGAAGUAUUGGAAGUAACAUUGAGAGCCGAUAGCGAAGGAAUUUGAGCGCUUAUCUACAAAUAAAUAAUUAUUUGCAGUUUAACCUCGAGGAAAAUACAAUAUGGGUGAUACCAUCAAAAAAUCUAGCCCGACGGUCAAAGAACCCAGCAGCGCUGUGAAAAUCUUAAAUCAACGCGCUGCUAAACGUGCGAAACCAAAUAGUUCCGAAUCAAGUACAUCCCCUAAGCAUGUCAAACUUUCUAUAGCAAAUAGCGAUGCUACUCCAGCGAAUAAUUCAGAUAUGGAUCAUUAUGUGCUGAAAACUAUUAAAGAAGAAGGAAGUGUUGAGGGUGUGGAGACAAUAGCUUUUGUACUGUCGGAUCAGACCGAAAAGCAAAAAGAUGUAACAAGUGCUGCAGGUGAAGCCGCUGAAGAGUUACAAAUUAGCGAUGAUGAACCUGAAGACACUGACGGAAAAAGUGAGAUGGUGGAGCAUGUAUGCGGCAAAUGCUACAAAACUUUUCGACGUUUCAGUGGGCUAAAAAAUCAUAUGGAAUUUUGUCGGUAUGACUGUGGAUAUCAUUUGCGAAAAAAUGAAAUGCUAAAAAACCUUGACAAGAUCGAAAAAGAUGCUAUUACAAUGGAGAACAAAGAUGUAUGUUUUUGCUGCGGCGAAAGUUAUGACACAUUUCACCUAGGACAUAUAAACUGCCCAGAUUGCCCAAAAUCGUUCAAAUCGCAAGUGAGCUAUGAGCGUCAUAUAUUUAUAACACAUUCUGAAUUCAAUGACUAUCCUUGCUCGAUUUGUAAUGCGAAAUUGCGCAGUGCAAAUUUGUUAAAAUUACACGAAGAACAGCAUAAAAAUCGUGGAAAGCCUUUCGCUUGUAAAAUAUGUGGAAAGGACUUUACUCGGGCGUAUCACCUCAAACGCCAUCAAAAGUAUUCCUCUUGCUCAGCCGAUGGCACCGAUACUAUGAAAUGUAAAGUAUGUGAUAAAUCUUUCUUUCGUUUGGACAAUUUACGUGCACAUCUUCGCCAGCAUUUGGGUACACAUGUGACCAAGAAACCCGAAUAUAGAUGCCCACAAUGCAAAAAUUGCUUUUAUAGUUUAUCUACAUUAAAUAUACACACACGAACGCACACCGGAGAGCGACCUUUCGAUUGUGACCUAUGUGAAAAGAAAUUUCCUUCGCUAAUUGCACUGAAAAAACAUCGGCGCUACCACACUGGUGAGAAACCCUACACUUGUUCUGUGUGCAAUCAAUCGUUUGCCGUUAAAGAAGUUUUAAAUCGUCAUAUGAAGCGGCAUACAGGUGAACGGCCACACAGCUGCCCGGAGUGUAAUAAAAGUUUUAUUCAAGCAUCUCAAUUACGAAAUCACGCACGAACUCAUAUUUUUCCUUUCGAAUGCUCAGAUUGCGACCAAAAAUUUAAAACGAAUAACCAGCUCGAAAAGCAUAGAAAAAUUCACACGAAAAAAUGCUACGAGUGUAACAAAACAUUUUCGGAUCAGUCUCAGCUAGAAGAACACAUGGCAAAUUAUGUUCACAAAGCGAAAACUAAGACACACAAGUCAAGCUCUCGCAAAUCGACACGACGCCCUCGCACUGAGUGUGCCGUCUGCGGUGAGGACUUCAAAACCGUAAAAGAUUUGCAAUUUCAUAUCCUCAAAGUACACGAAGUGGAUCCUGAAGAUUUCGUUAACGAAAAACCGAAGGAAAACAAAACAGUCCAAAAUAGCGAAAAUGUUUACAAAAUAGAAGGUGGAGAGUCAAAUGAAGUUCAGAUUCUAAGCGAAACCGAAGGAAAUGCCGCUAUUAUGGCAGCUGGUAGUGUGAGCAGCAAAGAAAUUUACAAUAAUACAGACGAUGGAAAUAAAGGGGGUUUGGUGGUGAAGGAGUUCAUUGUCAGUAAUGUUCCUAAUGCGAGCAGUGAAGGUGCGAUAGUUAUUCAAAACGAAGAAUUCACAGUUAUACCAUUGGAUGGUGUUGGUCCCAUCGAAACGGUUACAGUGGGUCCGAUAGAUGUAUCACCACUAAUUAAAAAGGAACGUAAAUCGUUAGGUGAGUCAUUGGCAGUCGCUAUUGCCUCAGAAACAUUAACGCCCAGUGACCCUAUUCAAUUGAAUGAAGAAGAUAUUAAACUUAAAGAGAACGUUGGAAAAUUGCUGGAUAUGUUGGUCGACAACAAAACUUUGAAAAAAUUCGGCUGGCCAACUAACACCGAAGAGAACGUUUUGUGCCGUGUCAUUGAAAAUUGUGGUUAUAACCUAAUGAAAGAUGCUGAAACAUAUCGUGAUUUGGACUAUGCAACGCGUAUGCGUGAAUAUGUUAAACUAUUAUUUACGGUAGUAAUUCAUAAUGACUCCAUUAAAGAAUUGCUGAACAAUUAUCCAAUCGACGAGGUGGUGGAAUAUGUGCUGGGUAAUGAUGACGAUGAAGAUGAUGAUGUUGAUAAUGAAGAUGAUAAGAGUAGUAAUAUGAAAAAUUAGAAUAUACGUACUAUACAGGUGCAGAGAACGCCUUUGCAUUACAAUUAUUACUUCUUAGAUUAUAUGAAAACUCAUGGUAGUGAAAUUGCCUUUUAACGCCCAACAUUUUUCAUACAUAUUAGAUGUUAUGUACAGAUUUAUGUACAAAUUUACAAACUAUUGAACUUCCAGACAUUUUGUAAAGAAUUAUACUUACAUUAAAUAUGUAUGUAUGUGUAUAUACUUUUUUACAGUUGAAAUUAAAAUCAGUUAUUUUAUCUAUACCCGUUUUUUGUCGGAACAAAAUACAUACUUAUAUACAUAAUACACAUUUUCGUGGAAUAUUGUUUACAAGCAAUAAAUAAUUGAAUUUAAGUUAUGAAAUAACAAACAAAAUUGCAUUUCUUAUUGUUAUUGGCUAACGAUGGUCUAAAGUUAGCUAAUAUAAGAAGGAACAAAGUUAUUCCAAAGCCCAUUAUCAAAAUUGUUGGCAUAAAUUAGACAAAAACUUCAGGUUUUAGCAAAAUUGAUUUAAUAUUUAAUGGUACAACAUAAAUCAUGCUCCCAAAUAACAUAGUAAAACUUCUACUGCGACACCUCAUUACAAAAAUGUGGUCCUCAUAACAACAGUAUUUUGCUUCAAGGAAAAGAUGUAAAUGUCAUAAGGGAUCAUAUAUGAAUGUACCUACAUAUCGCACACCGUCUUCAAAAGAGGCACAACUCAAAAAUCA